GCGGCGCGGUUUGAUGACGUCGCCGUCGGUCGGGCGGGCCGGGCCGUUUUCAGGUUCCGGGGCUGGUUCCCGACGGAGAUGGCGGAGGAGCAGGGCCCGGUGGCGGGGGAGCUCCCUCCGCCGGACGAGGCCGCGGCGCUCCAGCUGAGGGGAAGCGUGGAGGCGUCGUCGCGGCGCUUGGUGCUGACCCCGUCGUGGCUGUCGCCGGGCGGAGGGCUGCCGUCGGGCCUGGGCAGCUGGUUCCCGGCCCUGGAAGUGCUGGACGUGAGCGGGACGGGGCUGACGGCGCUGGGCUCGGAGCUGCUCGAGCUGGGGCGGCUGCACACGCUGCUGGCCAAGAACAACCGGCUGGGCGCCCCGGGCUCUUUCCCCAAAGACGUGGCCGAGGCGCCGCUCGGGCGCUCCUUGCGGGUCCUCAACCUGAGCGGCAACCGCUUCACGCAGGUGCCCGCCUCGGUCCUGGGCCUGCGCCGCCUCCAGAGCCUCAGCCUGGGCAGCAACCGCCUCCAGAGCAUCCCUCCGGCCAUCCAGGAGCUCAGCGGUUUAGAAUUUUUAUAUCUUGGAGGAAAUUUUAUUACAUCAGUUCCUCCCGAGUUAGCAAAUCUGCCUUCCCUAAAUUAUCUUGUCCUAUGUGAUAACAAGAUACAGAGCAUUCCUCCUCAGUUGGCACAGUUGCAUUCCUUGCGUUCUCUUAGUCUGCACAAUAACCUGCUGACAUACCUUCCUCGGGAGAUCCUCAAUUUAGUGCAUCUUGAAGAGCUGAGUUUGCGUGGGAACCCAUUAGUUGUGCGAUUUGUCCGUGACUUGACCUUUAAUCCACCAAGUCUCCAGGAACUGGCUGGACGUACCAUUAAAAUCCGCAACGUUCCCUAUGUUCCUAGUGAUCUCCCAGGAAAUCUGCUUCGCUAUUUGAAUCUGGCCAGCAACUGUCCCAAUCCUAAAUGUGGAGGAGUCUAUUUCGACAGCUGUGUCCGGCAAAUCAAAUUCGUUGACUUCUGCGGGAAGUACCGUGUUCCACUGAUGCACUACCUUUGUUCCCCGGAGUGUUCUACCCCCUGCAGUUCUGCCUCGCAGAGUUCUAAUUCUCAGAGUGAAUCUGAUUCAGAAGACGAGGCUAUUGUUGCAGCACGCAGGAUGCAAAAGGUUCUUCUGGGAUAGGCAAGAGAAGGAUUCUAUAAGACUAAAAUCAAAUCACAUUAGAUGAGCAGCUGUGGAAGAACAGUCUGAUGCAUCCUCAACCACCCUCUUAGCCUGACCUGAUUCUGUUGUGUUUCUCACAGAAUGUGUGUCUGGACAUAUAUAGAUUUUUUUGGGAUGAUGCUGUCUAUAAGGCUAAAGGCACUGGAUGCCUUUAGGGGUAAGCUGGCACAAGCACCUUUUUGAGGGGAAUGGUUACUGGGAGGCUGGGCUCUGGGAUGUCAGAGGCCCCCUUGGCGUUGAUGUCCUAUUGAAAGAGUGCCUGGAACUCUUUGUGAUUAAAACUAUAUGUGGAGUGAACUAUUCUUAUUUGCUGUGAUAAAACAAAAGAUUACAUAAGGGUGCAGGGUGUGCUUCCUAAGUAGAGAUGGGCAGUUUCUGUGGUUCAACACUUGGCACAGUUUAGCAGAUUGGGUCCCCACUCAGAAGAGGAGAUGGGACAGGGAAGCUUCUGAUGGCGCCUGCGCGGGCUUGGAAUCUGAGGCGGCAGCACACCACCUCUAGGCCCGAUCCUCUGAACCGAGCUGAAGUGCGGUAAGUGCCCAUCUCUAUUCCCCAGUGUUAUUAUCAGCAUCUAUCAUACUUGAACACAGAUGUCUGCUCCUUGUGAUGCUUGGGUAUAUACACAUUUAUUCAAGCAACAUUCCUCCAGAGUCCAGAAAUAACUUAAAUUUUGAUAUUUUUCUUGUUUGACUCAUUUGCCUAUCACUGCUGUUCUUUUACAGCAAGCAGAACUAUGCCACUCUUCAUACCAUAUGACUUUGCAAUAUAUCAUCAGUGCCUUCCUUAUGCUUUGUUCCUUAGAUCUUUGUUUUCUCUUUGCCAAUACAGCUAAUUCAUAGCACUUUAUUUAUGCAUCUUGUUGUUUCCUGACUGUGUACUCCCAGACUGUUUCCUCUUUUACUUGCAUUCUAUAAACUUUAAUUUACUAGUAAAUUGCAGAUUAGUCAUUUACUUACAACUUGAUUGUUAUAUACCUGACUAUUGUGGAUGGUAUUUCUUCAAAGACUAUACAGUGGUGCUUUGUUUAGCGAUCACUCCGUUGAGCGAUGAAAUCACUAAGCGAUGUGGUUUUGGCCAUCACCAGAGCCAUCGCUUAGCGAUGGCCCCUAUGAGGAAAUAUCGCUUUGCAAUGAUCGCGGGGAAGCGAUCAUGGCAAAGCAACCCU